AUGGACCCUCCGGUUGUCAAAAAGAGGGGUCGUCCUAGGAAACGGAGAGCGGAGGAUGAAAAUGUUGCUGAUGAUCGGAAAGCGGGUCCUGAAACUAAGAAACGGGUUGUGGAAACAAGGACGAUGGUGUUGCUUGGUAGAUAUGUGUUGAAAGACUUCGGAACUAGUGGAGUUUUUCUUGGGAAAGUUGUGUAUUACGAGGCUGGAUUGUAUAGAGUUAAUUAUGAAGACGGUGAUUGUGAGGACUUGGAGAGUGGUGAGAUUCGUGGCAUCCUUGUUGGUGAUGAUGAUUUUGAUACUGAUUUGAGUGCUAGGAGGAAGAAAUUAGAUGAUUUGGUGUCAAAAUUAAGUUUGAAAACUGCAGUUGGGUUGGAUAAGAAUGUUGUGAAAUCGACUCCUGCGGUGGAUAGGGUUGAAGCACCUGCGUUGAGUGAGUUGGGCGGUGGAGUAACGAUUGAAACUGAUGAGACACAAGUUGAAGGUGAUGCAGAUUCGUCUAGUGAUUCGUGUGAGUAUGCAAGGGAUAGGGAUAUGGAUUUUGAUGUUGAGCCACCACCUGUCCCACCACCGCAGUUGCCGCCCUCUUCAGGAACUAUAGGCGUGCCAGAGCAGUAUAUUUCACAUCUUUUUUCGGUUUAUGGUUUCUUGCGAUCAUUUAGCAUCCCCCUGUUCUUGAACCCAUUUACAUUGGAUGAUUUUGUGGGGUCACUUAAUUUCCGUGCUCCAAACACAUUGUUGGAUGCAAUUCAUGUUGCUUUGCUGCGUGCCUUGAGGCAUCAUCUUGAGACACUCUCAUCCGAUGGCUCAGAGGUAGCUCCAAAAUGCUUGAGGUGCAUUGAUUGGAACUUGCUUGAUACUUUGACUUGGCCUGUUUACCUGGUCCAGUAUGUGACAAUUAUGGGAUAUGCAAAAGGACCUGAGUGGAAAGGAUUUUAUGAUGAGGUUUUGGACAAGGAGUAUUAUUUAUUAUCAGUUGGUAGGAAGUUAAUGAUUUUGCAAACCCUUUGCGAUGAUGUCUUAGAUACUAGAGAUAUAAGAGCUGAAUUAGACACGCGCGAAGAAUCAGAAGUUGGAAUAGAUUAUGAUGCAGAAGUAACUAAUCCUCUUGUAAGUGGGCCAAGAAGGGUGCAUCCCAGAUAUUCCAAAACUUCUGCCUGCAAGGACAGAGAAGCUGUGGAAAUUAUUACAGAAGUUCAUGAGAUAAAAUCAUCUGGUAACUCAAAUUUAAUCGGUUCCAAAGGUGCGAAAUGGGAUGCGGAUGCUACUGAUGUUGAUGUGGAUCAUAACUCCGAUGAAUGUCGGCUUUGUGGCAUGGAUGGGACCUUAAUUUGUUGUGAUGGGUGUCCAUCUGCUUACCACACGAGGUGUAUAGGUUUGAUGAAAUUGUCUAUACCAGAAGGGUCCUGGUAUUGUCCUGAGUGCACAAUUAAUAAGAUUGGGCCGGCUAUUACAACGGGAACAUCCCUUAAAGGAGCACAAAUCUUUGGCAUUGAUUCUUACGAGCACAUCUUCAUGGGUACUUGCAACCACUUACUGGUGGUCAAGGCAACUAUCAAGACAGAAGCAUGUCUUAGAUACUACAAUCAGAAUGACAUUCCAAAAGUCCUGAAAGUUCUGUAUGCAUUCGGGCAACACACAGCUUUUUACAUGGGGGUGUGCAAGGCAAUUUUACAAUAUUGGAAUAUUCCAGAAAGCAUCUUAUCUUUCUCGGAAAUGAGUGAAACAGAGAUUAAAUUAGCAAAUAUAAAGGAAGAUGUGAAAUUUUCUGCCCAGCCACUUAAUUUGUCUGACAAGGAAAAUCAUAAUGUUACAGUCGAUAAUGUGGUAGUUUCAUCUCUAGAGACCUCCUUUGAUAUGAUUCAAGUUGAUAGCACUGGUGACUGUACACCACUGGAGUGCCUGCCUACAAAGAUGCAGAUACAUGCAAGGAAGAAAAUGAAAUCAGGUACUUCAACUGGUUCUGGUAGCCAGCAGGCUGAUCCAUCUGACUUGACCUACCAAAGCUCAGCUGACAGAUCAACUGCAGUAGACCUCACUACUUGCGCCUCAGGGAACAUCAGUAGUUGUUACAAUGGGCAUGCAAAUGGUAUGCAUCCUUCAGUGAUUUUAUCAACACAUAGUGAAGAAGGCAAUCUUGUAGAUUCUGGAAAGGUUAACUCUACUUCAGUUGUCAAUUGUGCAUACAUGGGGGCUCUUUAUAAACCUCAGGCAUACAUAAAUUACUAUAUGCAUGGGGAGUUUGCUGCAUCUGCUGCCACCAAACUGGCUGUAAUAUCAUCAGAAGAAGCUCGCAUUUCCGAUAAUCAUGCUUUAGCAAAUCCCAGGAAGGUUGCAUCUGCAAACAAUUUAUUACAAACAAAAGCCUUCUCAUUAAUAGCCUCACGUUUCUUCUGGCCAAGUUCUGAAAAGAAGCUUGUGGAAGUUCCAAGGGAGAGGUGUGGUUGGUGUCUUUCUUGUAAGGCUCUAGUUGCCAGCAAGAGGGGAUGUAUGCUAAAUCAUGCUGCCUUGAGUGCCACCAAAGGUGCUAUGAAGAUCCUUGCCAGCCUUCGUCCAAUAAAGAAUGGGGAGGGGAACCUUGUAAGCAUCGCAACAUACAUUUUAUUCAUGGAGGAGAGUUUACGUGGUCUCAUAACUGGUCCCUUCGUCAAUGAAAAUUAUAGAAAACAAUGGCGCAAACGAAUUUAUCAAGCAUCAACUUUCAGUACAAUAAAAGGGCUAUUGCUUGAACUUGAGGCAAAUAUCCGAACCAUUGCUCUGUCUGGGGAGUGGAUUAAGCUGGUGGAUGAUUGGUUGGUUGAAUCUUCUGUGAUUCAAAGCACGACAUGCACUGUUGGUACAACACAAAAACGUGGACCAAGCAACAGGAGGGGCAGAAAGCAGAAUGCAAUUCAGGAAGAUAAGGAUGAUGAUUGCAAUGACAAAAGUUUUGUCUGGUGGCAAGGUGGGAAGCUAUCAAAGCUUAUAUUCCAGAGAGCAAUUUUGGCUUGCUCAUUGGUUAAAAAAGCAGCCCGCCAAGGUGGUUGGAAAAAGAUUUCUGGUAUAGUUUACGCGGAUGGCUCCGAGAUACCUAAAAGAAGCAGACAAUCAGUAUGGAGGGCUGCGGUUGAAAUGAGUAAGAACGCAUCACAGCUUGCGCUUCAGGUUAGAUAUCUGGACCAUCAUCUGAGAUGGAGUGAUCUUGUUCGUCCUGAGCAGAGCCUCCCGGAUGGGAAGGGUGUAGAGACAGAAGCUUCUGCUUUUAGAAAUGCAAGUAUAUUUGACAAACAAUUUGUGAAGAACAGUAACGUAUAUGGGGUUGAUUUCGGUACUCAAAAGCAUCUGCCUUCCCGUUUAAUGAAAAAUAUAAUUGAAAUGGAGCAAAAUGAGGGUGGAAAUAACAAGUUCUGGUUUCCUGAAUUGCGGAUUCCUUUAUAUUUGAUUAAAGACUAUGAAGAACGUUUAGGUAAAGUGCUUUUUCCAUCAGCUGAGGAGCCUUUGAAUGUGUUCUGCAAGUUACAGAAAAGGCAUUGGAAGGCUCCCCGCCGGGACAUAUUUUUCUAUCUUGUGUGUAAGAGAGAUAAUCUGGACUUGUGUUCCUGCUCUUCAUGCCAACUGGAUGUUUUAAUGCGGAAUGCGGCCAAGUGCAGUGCCUGUCAAGGUUAUUGUCACGAGGAAUGUACCAUAAGCUCAACAGUUUCUACAAAAGAGGAAGUUGAGUUCUUGAUCACUUGCAAGCAGUGCUACCAUGCGAAAGCUCUCUCUAAAAAUGAAAACUUUAAGGAGUCUCCAACUAGUCCUUUUCACUUGCAAAUGCAAGAAUAUCAUACUCCUGUGACCGUCACCAGUGUUGCAAGGCCAAAAAAUUACAGUCAACCAGUAACAGAUGUCAGAGCGCAGGACACUCGUUCUGAGAUAAAACAGGCAACUUCAGACUCUCGAUUGGCAGCAAAAAAACAACGCCGCAGCAUUUGUUCUUGGGGUAUUAUAUGGAAGAAGAAGAAUGGUGUGGAAGCUGGCACUCAUUUCCGGGUUAAUAACAUACUUCUUGCGGGUGGUUCGGAAUCCCGUGGGUUGUAUCCUGUUUGCCACCUGUGCCAUAUGCCAUAUCAGUCAGAUAUGAUGUAUAUAUGUUGUGAAACUUGCAAAAAUUGGUACCAUGCUGAUGCUGUUGAACUGGAGGAGUCAAAGGUUUCUGAUGUGGCGGGCUUCAAGUGUUGCAAGUGUCGCAGGAUAAAGUCACCUGUGUGUCCUUACACUGAUCCUAAAGAUAUCAAGAUGCAAGAGAGCAAGAAAGUUCGCACUAGGCGUCCAAAGCAAGAAACAGUUGGAGACGACUCUGAUUCUGCAACCAUUUCUGAUUCUAAAUUUUGUGAGCCUGCUACUCCAAUAUUUCCCAUGGAGGAAGCAUCCAUACAGGAACAGGAUGGUGAUCCUCUUCUUUUUUCCCUUGCUAGAGUUGAGCUAAUUACAGAGUACAAUUCGGAAGUUAAUGAUCAAUGGAAUACUGCCGGGCCAGGGCCACGGAAAUUACAAGUGAGAAGGGGUGUUAAGCGUGAAGAGGAUGUAGAUGGCUUUCCUGAGAGUAACAUAACUUAUGCUGGAAUAGCUGCACCUGGUGAAACAAAUUACCAGUCAAAUCCUAUGGAGAUUGUGCCAUCCCCUCAUGUUGAAUGGGAUGCUUCCAUUAAUGGCGUCGAAAGUGGGAUAAUGGAUGACUAUGAAGAUCUAAAUUACGAGAAUAUGGAACCGCAAACUGUCUUCACUAUCAAUGAGUUGUUGGCACCUGAUGAUGAUGAUGAUGGCUUUCUAGAUGGAGGCCAAGCAUUUGCAGAUGAGUCAGGAAAUCUGGAAAAUCCAUAUACAGUGUUGCAGGAUGGAGGCCCUGAACAAUAUAACAUGGCUACUUUCACUGAUCAAUCAAAGUCUACUAUUUCUGUAGAAUCUGAUGUGAAUAUCAUGCAAUGUCAGAUAUGUUCACAUGCAGAACCAGGCGCUGAUCUGUCUUGCCAGAACUGUGGGCUAUUGAUACACAGUACUUGUUCUCCUUGGAUUGAGUCAUCUUCUGAGGGAGUUCUCCCGGACGAGAAAGUUGCUGGGAAACGACUGUUGGUUGUCGUUAAUUCUUUUGAUUUGUUAGAGGUGACAUCUGAUAUGGAAAUUUCAGUUCUUUUGUUAGAGGUUACUUUUUAUCCUGGUGGUCAUUCUUGA